UGGAAAUGUCAGCGCAAUGGCUCAGGACAUAGAGACAUUUUUCAUGCUCAAGGACGAACUAUUCCUAAGUGUCGAAUACGCGCACACAAACACCUCCGAAGCGAAUCAAAUCGCGGACAAACUUUUACUGUUGACUGGCGAAGUUGAGCCUCGAAUUGGAGAAAUAAAUGAAAGGACGCUCAAUCUUUCAGCCAGAAAUAAUUUCACCGAUCUAGGCAAAAAAUCUCUUGAUGAUCUGAACAAUCAUUUGGGAGAAAUUGGAUUCAAAAAAGACAGGAUUUUGGCUGCUAUCAACUUGAUAUCAGACACGCUGCAGCAACUCAAGAAUAAGGAGUACGAGAAGUGGGCCCAAAACAUCUCUGCACUUGCAAAUCAAGUGAUCUAUAAUGCAGCUGAGACAUCCAGAGAUGUGGGAAGACUGCGCGAGGAGGCCAAGGAGUCCUUGGAUAAGCUGGACAAUCUUAGAAGGGACUUGAAGGAGACACGGGAAGAUAUGAAUGAGGCUGAUGAUCUAGUGUCUCGGUUACCAUCAUUGGCCAAGAUGGCGAAGGACUCCAUGUUGAGAAAUGAAGCAGAGAUGAAGGCAGCUCAGGACGAGAAGAGCAACCUUGAUGUGAAAUUUGCCCGACUAGACGACAAACUAAGAGAGAUCAGAUCCGCCAUCAACAUGGGCAUGUGGGCGAUGAAGUUUGAUCAAACUCAGAAGAGCUACGCUAAACUUCGAACCCCGAAGAUAGUCGAAACUGACUAUCUACAACACGACAUACGACUAGUCAUCUCGGGCGCCGACUCCGUAGCCGAACCCAAUGGCUUGCUUUACUUCAUAGGAAAUCCCACCGCAUCCACAAACCUCAAAUCAGAUUAUAUGGGACUGAGAUUGAAGGAAGGCAAGUUGGAGUUUUUCUGGUCAACUUCGCCUGGUCAACGACAUAUUAUUACCGCAGACGUUGAAUUCAAGCCCUCGGAGUCCUACACGAUUCGUGCCACCAGGAGUGGAUUCGAAACUACUCUGAAAGUCUUCCUGGUCUCCGUGAAGAUAUCAUCUGAACAAAGUGACGGGACGCUUCUAGCCAGUGCUUCUUUCAGCGAACUGGAACAGUAUCCUAAGCUAGUUAUGCGGCUUAGUGAUAAGACUCGUUAUUUCUUCGGUGGAGUCCCGACUACCGAGACAACCUUCGCAAGUCUGAUUGGCGACGUUGUACACUUCAAAGGAUGCAUUCAUCUCUUCGUUCUGAAUAACGUGGUAAUGAAUUUGUGGAACUAUGAGCUUGCUUCUCAAGUUUCGGCUUGUUACCCUGAGAAAAAGCAGAGUCCUUACUAUAGAAAUGAUGAUUUCGGUUUUGCAUGUUCUUGGGAGUCUAAUGCAUACGUGAAGCGGAACUUACCUCUAAGCGAAUCAUUUGCAGUCAGUGGUCGAGUGUCGUCUCAAGAAAGGGUUCAACUGACAAAAAUCGAAACGCUAGAGCAAAGUAAAAACGGUUCACUGAUUGCUUAUGCAGUAAUCCGCGAUAAAUAUUCUGCAGCUGGAAUUGGUAAAGAUUUUCUACGAGUCGUUUGCCGUGAUAACUACACGUGUGAAGUUCAAGCCGCAGACGCUAGUGUUUCCAAUGUUUAUAAUGUAGUAGAUAAACGUAACAACAAAAAGCCCCUUUCACAAAUGAAGUUAGAUUUUAUGACCAAUAAUGAUAACAUUGUCUUCUCCUCAGAAAUCAAUAAAAUCAGGCGCAGCAAUAAAAUUGAAGACAAAUCGUUUACAGUGAAGGCGCUGCAGAGUUUUGAUUUGGAUCUCUUCAUCGUCGGAGUCAACGGAGAGGUUAAGUUGCUUCAGAAAUUAAAGAACGGUAACGCGUUUGAAAAUUUGGAAUCUAUGAUGGGAUGCUUUCGGCUCCGCGAUUUGUUCGCAUCGCCAACAACACACAGUGAGUGGUUAGACUACGAAAAAUGGGUUCACGCAGGUCUUUACUUGUACCCCCUUGCUACACCUGUAUAUACAACAAUGCAACUAGAUGGCAAUGAUGAAUCACUCUUUGCAGUUGUAAACCCACCAGCUGUUGGAAACAGGAUCGCAUUUCAAAUCAAGACAGAAGCAGAUAGCGCAUUGCUCAUGUUUUUGAUGGCACCUGACGAGAAGUCAGGAGUAUCAGUUUCGCUUGUGAACGGAAAAGUUUCUGUGCGGGAGCGUCGAUCCAAAUCUCCCGAUGACAUCUACUCAAUAAGCUCAGAAGAGCCUAUCAACGACAAACAAUGGCACUCAGUGGCCGUAAUGAAGCACUUGGCAAGCAGGCAGUGGAUUGUAAUGGUAGACGAUGACAGAGAGAAAACCACAGUUGUACAGUUAAAAGAUUUGAAUACGAUUGAAGAGAUAUCGGGACAAGUGAUGAAUGUCGGAGGUAUCCCGGACACACAAACAUUGGACCAGUACAAGAACUUACUACCGUCGUCGAAAGGUUUCAACGGUUGUAUAAGAGACCUUAUUUUUGAACAAACCAUUGAAGGAAACUCCGCUGCAGUGCAAAUUGGAGAUGAGAGUGAAUUCAAGCCAGCUUUCAAAUGGAACAAACUGUCUCCAGGAAUUGGGUCGAAAGGAUACAAAAUUGGGUGCGAAAUAUAAGUUCAAACUUAAAUGACAUUGUCAGACAUUUGCACGGAAUUGUUAGAGUAAAUUAACCAUUUUCAUCAUCAUAGUCACUUGGAAAC